AUGUUCACCAGUACCGGCUCCAGUGGGCUUUACAAGGCACCUGUGUCCAAGAGCCUUCUACUGGUCCCCAGCGCCCUGUCCCUCUUGCUGGCCCUCGUCCUGCCGCACUCUCAGAAGUUCUUCGUGUACGACCUCCAGGCUGUCAAGGACGACUUGCAGAUCUGGAGGUUGAUUUCUGGGAGAAUAAUUUGCCUUGAUCUGAAAGAUACUUUCUGCAGUAGUCUGCUUAUUUAUAAUUUUAGGAUAUUUGAAAGAAGAUAUGGAAGCAGAAAAUUUGCGUCCUUUUUGCUGGGCUCCUGGGUUUUGUCAGCGGUGGGUGACUUCAUCCUUGUUGAAGCUGUGGGGUAUUCCUUUGGUGUCACUGCAGCCAGGAAUUUGCCUUCUGGAUUCCUGGCACCUGUGUUUGCUCUCUUUGUACCAUUUUACUGCUCCAUCCCAAGAGUCCAAGUGGCACAUAUUCUGGGCCCGUUGUCCAUCACAAACAAGACACUGAUUUAUAUAUUGGGACUACAGCUUUUCACCUCUGGUUCCUACAUCUGGAUUGUAGCCAUAAGUGGACUUGUUUCUGGGAUCUGCUACAACAGCAGGAUGCUGCAAGUCCACGAGGUGCUGUAUGUGCCCAGUUGGAUGGCCAAGUUCUGCGCUUGGACCCUGGAGCCCCUGUUCUCAUCCUCGGAGCCCACCAGCGAGGCCAGGGUCGGGAUGGGGGCCACCGUGGACAUUCAGAGGCAGCAGAGGAUGGAGCUGCUGGACAGGCAGCUGAUGCUGUCACAGUUUGCACAAGUGAGGCGGCAGAGACAGCAGCAGGGAGGAAUGAUCAACUGGAACCGUCUUUUCCCUCCUCUGCGUCAGCGAAGAAACGUAAACUACCAGGAUGGUCGGCGAUCUGAACAACCAGCGUCCCCACCUCUAGAGGUUUCGGAGGAGCAGGUCGCCCGACUCAUGGAGAUGGGAUUUUCGAGGGGCGACGCUUUGGAAGCCCUGAGAGCUUCCAAUAACGACCUUAACGUGGCCACCCACUUCCUGCUGCAGCACUGA